GCAGCGUCGGAGGGUGGGGAGCUGUGAGGAGAGGUAGGCAGCGAAGGGAGGGGCAGCCUGAAGAAUGAGCAGUCCUGAUGUGGCUGAGCUGAGAUAGGAAAGAGAUGUUGCAGGGUGGGAUGUUUCUGUAGCAGCAGGAGUCCCGGCGUGUUACCCACCCUAAAAGGGGGGGAAUUGAUGGGGUGAGAAAGGAGCUGUACCCUAGGAGAUGCACUGAGUGAUCAGUUAGAGGCCUUAGCAGGGUCUCUCGGGAGCCCCAGAAGUAGGUUUGGGUGCCAGGAAGGAGGGAGGAUGAAGGAAACUUGCCGGAUCUGUGCCCGAGAGCUGUGCGGCAACCAGCGGCGAUGGAUCUUCCACACAGCGGCCAAGCUGAACCUCCAGGUGCUGCUCUCCCACGUCCUGGGCCGGGAGCUGUGCCGGGAUGGCAAAUCCGAGUUCGCUUGCAGCAAGUGUGCCUUCAUGCUGGACCGCAUCUACAGGUUCGACACAGUCAUCGCGCGCAUCGAAGCCCUCUCCAUCGAGCGGCUGCAGAAACUGCUGCUGGAGAAAGACCGCCUCAAGUUCUGCAUCGCAAGCAUGUACCGCAGGAACAAUGAAGACUCUAGCACAGAUGACAGAGCUGGGGAUGGGACUGUGGACCUUUCUAACCUGCCUGACGCGCGGUAUGCUGCCCUCCUCCAGGAGGACUUUGCUUAUUCUGGGUAUGAAUACUGGAUGGAUCAAGAAGAGCACAGCUUGGAGCCACACAGCUGCCAUGCUUCAGAGGGAGUGAGCAACCGCCCGCGACGCUGCCGUGGCUGUGCUGCGCUGCGGGUGGCUGAUGCUGACUACGAAGCAAUUUGCAAAGUGCCACGAAAGGUGGCCAGAAGCAUCUCCUGCGGGCUGUCCAGCCGGUGGUCAGCCAGCAUGGGCAAUGAAGAGUCAUCUGUGUGUGAUGUGGCAGAGUCUGCCAGUGCCAGAGUGCCCGUAGAUGGGGAGAGCAUGGAGGAAGGCACACCUGCAUCCUCUGUCGAGUCCCUGGACACGACUGUGGAGGCAAGCCCUCCACAGCAGAAGGAUGAAGAUGCAGAUAAGGGGAUGAAAGGGAAUGGGAGGUGUGAUGACUUCUCAGAUGACCGCGUGACCCCAAACUCUUCGCAGAGUGGGAACAAGCUCGAGCUUGCCCUCAGUUUGAUCAAGGCUUUGGACUACAAACCCCUUCAGAGUCCUCGAGGCAGCAGGCUACCUAUUCCUGUGAAGUCCAGCUUGUCCUCUGCCAGGCUCAGUCGUGAUUUGGCAGAUGGCAGUGCUUCUGCUGGCUUAGCAUCCACUGGAUCUGCCUUCCUGAAUGCAGACAGAAAAUCCUUUUCCAGAGCUCCUUUGGGUGUUUCCCUGGAGAUUUCUGAACUGCAGGAGCUGUGGGAUGACCUCUGUGAGGAUUAUAUGCCGCUGCGGGUACAGAAUUUGCAGGAUGAACAGCAGCAGCUGGCUCCAGGUGACCCUGCAGCAGGGGAGCACAUAUCCCAUCAGCGUGCUGCAGAGCUGCAAGGCAAGAUCCAGCAGGUUGAAGCUGCCAACAAGUUGUUACAGGAAAAGCUGAAUGGUUUGAAUUUUCAAUUAAAAUCUGUCCAAGAAACAUCGCAGAGGCAAGAUCGUACAAUCCAGAGUCUGAAUGAGGCCCUGAAGAGCAAAGAGAGCAAGACAGAAGAACUUUACCAAAUCAUUGAAGGGCAGAAUGAGACAAUGGCCAAGCUGCAGGACAUGUUACACAGAAGUCAUCUGGGACAGUUGCAGACGUCGGAGAGCCCGCUGUCACUGCAGGAGCAGCAAAUGUCGCUGCUAGAUCUUCAGAGCAUGCUUUUCUGCACCAAGUUGGAGGUACAGAAACUGAAAAGAGCACAGCGCCAGAAAGAGCAUCAAUUGGCUGAAGCCAAGAGAGCAGCCCAGCUGCUAGAGACCAUGGUGCAUGAGGAAGAACAGCAGAAAGAGGCAACCUGGAAACACAACCAGGAGCUGCGUGCUGUGGUACAGCAGCUGCAGGCAGAGCUUCAGAACAAGGCUCAGCAGCUCCAGACCGCAGAGUGGGAGAAGUGCCGUGAGCUGCAGGCCCAGGAGCAGAGAGUUCAGCAUCUGAGUCAGCACCUGGCUCGCAAGGAACAGCUUCUCCAGGAAUCAAGGGAGCUUCUGCAAUACCAGCAAAGCUUGGACAAGAGCCCUGCAGCCAUGAAUGCCAUGCUGGAGAAACUGCAGCAGCGAGUCAGUGACAGGGAUGCUGCUCUGGAGCAAGCAGUAGAUGAGAAAUUCUGUGCCCUGGAGAAGAAACAGCAAGAACUGCAACGGCUCCAUCUAUCAAUAAGGGAGCGUGGAACUGACCUGGAGAGGCUGCGCAACGUCUUGUCUAACAACGAGGCCACCAUUCAUAGCCUGGAGAGCCUCCUGAAAGCCAAAACCCUGGAAUUAGAGCAGGUCUCAGCAACCUGCCAAAACCUCCGCUGGCUCAAGGAAGAGAUAGAGGCCAGAUCCUGCAGCAGGCAGAAGGAGCAGGAGGGAAUUAUCCAGCAGCUGCAGACCUGCCUGCAUGACAGGAACAAGGAAGUGGAGGAGCUUACAGCAACUCUGCUGUGCAAGCUGGGCCCGGGACAGAGUGAGGUAGCAGAGGAGCUGUGCUUGCGUCUCCAGCAGAAGGAGAAAAUGCUGCAAGAUCUUCUCAGUGACAGGAACCGUCAGACCAUGGAGCAUGAUGCUGAAAUCCGAGAGCUGCUACAAGCUGUGAGCACAAAGGAGCAGCAGAGCAGAGUGGCUGCUGAGAAGAUGGUGCACGCUUUGGCUGAAAGGGGCUCUGAGUUACAACUCCUGCGCCAGCAUGUGUUGGGGAAGGAGCCUGUUGGGACCCAGUCAGCUGGUGCCAGCCUGUUGAAGCAGGACAAACAGCCCAUACAAGAAAUACUGCAGGGAGCUUGUGGAGCCACAGCCAUUGCUGGACCCCCACAGACGGACAGCAGCUGCAGGACAGAAGGGGUUACAGUGUCAGCAGCAGAGCUGGAGAAGGAUCUUGUUAAUGCCAAAGAGGAGCUGGAGCUAAUGGCAAAGAAGGAAAGAGAAAGCAGGCGAGAGCUCACUGCUCUCCAGUCUGUUGUGGCCACGCAGGAGGAAGAGCUGCAGGUGCAGGCCUCAGAUAUAGAGUCCUUGACCAGGACCAUUCAGAUCAAAGAGGAUCUCAUCAAGGAUCUUCAGAUGCAGCUGGUGGAUCCUGAAGAAAUUCCAGCUGUGGAAAGGCUGACCCAAGAAGUGCUAGUGCUUCGGGAGAAAGUGGCCAUAGCAGAGUCACGGGGACAGGAGGCUACUGGAAACAGAAGGCAGCAGUUGUUACUGAUGCUGGAAGGGUUGGUGGCUGAGAGGAAUCGGUUAAAUGAGGCUCUCCAGGCAGAGAGACAGCUCUAUGGCAGCCUGGUAAAGUUUCACACACACCCAGACAGCGCUGCGAGAGACCACACUCUGCAGGUGGAGCUGGAGGGGGUCCAUGAGCUCCGGAGACAGCUGGAAGAAGCUCUUGAAAGAAGCUUGGAGUGUUUGAGCAGGCUGGAUUCACAGGGCGCCGUAGGAGGUCAGGCCACAGGCACAGACACUGAUGAUGCCAGCACCAACUUUACCCACAACAUCAAGGAGGAGGCAGCCCACGGUGUGGCAACCCAGCACAGCAGCCUCCAGACUCACAAGGAAAGUGCAGGCACUGUGGUGGGGACCACAGCGUCCACUGUGCCAGAGCGGGAGCUGCGGGCAGAAGAGGAGCUGCGGGAGCUGAAGGCGCAGCUGGAGGAAGCCGGCUUCUCCUCCGUUUCCCACAUCAGGAAGGCGAUGCUGAGCCUUUACCUAGAGAACGCAGAGCUGAAGGAGCGGAUGGGUGAAGCCACGUCGCUGCUGGAGAACGGGGAGCAGGAGGAGGCUGGGCUCGGCGGCCCCUUGGCCCCUGAGCCGCGCCGGCUGCCGAGGAAGAGCCGCAGUGCCCUCUGGGACUGCCCAGCCGGCGGCAGCGGGGAUGCACAGGGAGCUCCAGCAGAGAGGGGAGCUGUGCCCGCCAAACGCCCAGCGCUGGAGGCACGGUCCCAGGAUGACCUGGCCAAGAGACCCUGCCCUGGCACCCUAGGCAGAGGGGACAGGAGUUCUGUGGAGGGCACUGUCCCUGGUGGGAGCUGGCCAGGGCUAGGUGCAGAGCUUCGCUCCCAGGUAGCGCAGGGACAGAGGCAGUGCCAGGAGCUGAAGGACAAGCUUGCUGCCUCGGAGGCCACGGUGCGGGCACAAGCCGAGCAGCUGGAGAAGUACCAUGUCCUGCUCCGUGAACCCCAUGCUCAGCAGCUCAGCAAGCAAGUGCAGGUGGACUUCCAGGACCUGGGCUAUGAGACAUGUGGGCGAAGCGAGACCGAGGCCGACCGGGAUGAGACCACCAGCCCUGAGUGCGAGGAGCCAGAUGUAUUCAGUGAGCCUAGCCUGGGUGAGGAGCUGGGGAUGCCCAGAGCGAGCAAGGCUGCCCAGAAAGCCAUGGCCUUGGCAGAUGUGGGCGCCCUGCACCAGCACAUCCAGGACCUCAAGGCACAGCUGCUCAAUGCCAACAAGGUGAUCCAGAGCCUGCAGCGCCGCACCCGCUCCAUCUCCAUCACCAGUGGCUACACCUCUGGCGCCGAGCGACCCCCGCCGGGUCCCACAGCCCUGGGCUCCCCGGCGCACAGCCUCACCGACGAGGACGAGGGCUGGCAGUCCGACGGCCACAGCGCCCUCUGCCCGCCCGCCCUGCGGGCACACCGCGACCUGCAGCACCUGGUGCACCGCGUUGCUCUCCUCGAGGCGCAGCUGCCCGCAGCCAAGGCCGGGGGCUUUUUGCCCAAGGAGCUGCAAUCUGCCACUUGGCCGGGGAAGUACAAUUCGUUGAUCCAAGCGCAGGCUCGGGAGCUCUCCCAUCUGCGGCAGACACUGCGGGAGGGCCGUGGGGUGAGCCGCAGCCUGGCCCAGCACCUGCGCGAUGCCCUGCGGUCCUUUGAGGACCUCCUCCGUGGCACCGACAUUGACUACUACCAGGGCCAGGGCUUUCGGGAGCAGCUGGCUCAGGGCAGGCAGCUGGCUGAGAGGCUCAGUGACAAGCUGGGCACCAGGGAUCGAUGUGAUGGAGAUGAUAAAACCAGUCACGAACUCCUGGCACUGAGGCUUAGCCGGGAGCUGCAGGAAAAGGAGAAGGUGAUUGAGAGCCUGGAGGUGAAGCUGCAGGAGCGCUGCGAGUCCCCAGGCAGCAGCCGCCCACCCUCCGAGUCAUCCCGCUCUGCCACCAGCUCCUCCUUUGUGUCUGAGGGGCUGGAACCCUGCUCUGAUGGCGACACAGCCAGCGAGUGCAGCCAGUUCCGUGAGGAGCCCGCCCAGCACACAGGCCUUCACGUUGACUCCUUGUCCAAACCCAUUAGUGCUCCCCUGCCUGCACUGGCCCCUGGCAUGUCCCCAUUCCUCCCUACAGUCCCCCUGCUCCUGGGUUGCUGUGGGAAGCCUGUCUGCUCCCUGGCUGAGGCGCAGCAGGAGCUGCAGGUGCUCCAGAGGCAGCUGGGAGAAAGUGUGAUGCUACCCAUGGCACCAGCAAAGCCCACAGUCCCACUGGGCCCCUCCAGAGACGGCAGCAAAGUCCCAGCAGCGCCCUGCCAACACGGUGCACUGCAGAGCCCCAGGGCCACCGAGACCCGCAGCCUCUGGGACAUACCCCCUCCUGGCCAGCCACUUUACAGGAGCCUGCCAUCAGGGUAUCCCUCCAGCCAGAAGCUAACAGGGGCAGAUCUGCUGGAGGAACACUUGGUGGAGAUCCGCAGCCUUCGCCAGCGGCUCGAGGAGUCCAUCUGCACCAAUGACCGGCUCCGCGAGCAGCUCGAGCGCCGCCUGGCCUCUGCCGGCAAGGCCAGUGGAUUAUCCAGCGAUGUCUAUGCCCAGUCACCGGAGCUGGGGCUGCAGUUGAGCGGGGAGAACAAGGCUCUGCGUGAGGACAACCGGACCCUGCGGCUCCAGCGUGACCACAUCUCUCAAGAGCUGGCGCGGGUGCAGGAGGCACUCAUGGCUGCUUGCUCCCGGGCCCGGGAGGCUGAAGCAGAGCUGGAACAAAGGCGCGGGAAGCAGCAGAGGCUGGCUGAGGAGCUCGGUGAGCAGCAAGAGAACGUCCGGCAGCUCCGGGACGAGCGGCGCUCUCUGCAGGAGAACAACAACAGGCUGCAGCACACGGUGACGCUCCUGCAGCAGCAGUGUGAGGAGCACCGCCUGCUGCUGCAGACACUGCGCGCAGAGCUGCACGUCUACGAGAACCUCCCUGGCGCCUCUGCCGAGACCCGUGCAGGCUGCUUCCCAUCUCCUCCAGUGCGGGAUGUUGGCACCAGUUCAGCAGCACCCCUCUUCUCCCCACUGUCCUCUGACAUGUCUGUGACCCAGAAGAUGGACGGGCGACAUGGGGCAGACCCACUGGUGAGGAAGAGUGAGGGCCCAACGAGGGCUCAUGUCAUUGGCUGCCUGGACACCUACCGGGCCCUGGAACGGCACAUCCUGGAGGGGAAGGCGCUGGCCUGUGAGCUGAUGUGUCUCACCCGCCCUGCACUUGGGCUGCCCAACCGCCUGCUCCCGGGAAACGAGGUAAAGUGUGGGCAGGACAGGGCUGGCAGUGGCUGGCAGACCAUGUUUAAAGUGGCCCCUGAGCCCUAUAUCAGCCCUGAGGCUUGCAGGGCUGGUAAGCAGCUGGCAGCCUCCAGCUUGGGGGCUGCUGUUGGUACUGCCCUGCAGUGGAGGGCUGGCCAGGGUGGGUCCCUGGAUGCAGUGGGAUGUAGGUGCCCUGGCAGCAUCUGCUCCCGUGCCCCUUUCCCGCAGGCCCUGCAGUGGACAGGCACAGGGCACCUCUGGGGCAGUGCCAGCACCCUGCACGGCAUCCUGGAGCAGUGUGUGUCUCUCCUCACUGCCUUCUGGAGCACUGUGCUGCCCAUCAGCCCAGCCCAGCACCAGGGCAAGGAGCAGGUGCUACAGGGUGAGAUCGCAGCGCUGCGGGCACAGCUCUCUGAAAGGGAGGACGCUCUGCAGAGCACGGCCAAGCAGCUGCGCAGCACAGCACAGCUCAAGGACAGCAUGGAGCAGUUCAUUGUCAGCCAGUUGAGCAGGACCCACAGUGUGUUGCGCAAGGCUAGGACGAACCUGGAGGUGAAGGCCCAGCAGGCCCUGCCCGUCGCUUGAGCAGGACUGGGAGCAAUACCUCCACUCACGGAACAGCCUGCUGGCUGCUGAGCCAUGCCAGGCCGGAGGGCUGGAGAGGACCCUGUCCCUGCUACUCCAAGGGGUGGUGUGGACAGGGGUCUGGGCUAUCCAGUGCUACAUAGCUAAUGGGUUUGGGCUGCUGUGGUGGUUGCAUGCCCUCCACCUGUCUCUGCUUGGUAUUGCAGCAGCAGCUGCUGGCUUGGGCUUUGCCUGCCCCAUGAGUCAGUGCUCACUCCUUUCCACCUACAGUACUUAAGAGUGGGGUGUACAGCCCUCCACAUCAAGCACCUCUCGCCCUGGGACUUGGUCCCAUUUGUAACCCUGCUGCAUACCCAUCCCUGCUAUUGGAUGUAUGUAUAUGUAUAUAGACAGAAGUAUCAGAGCCGCGUUUUGGGGCCUCUCCAAGCAUGUUGGGGGCCCAGUGCGGGAGGAUGUAAGAAAUGCCACAUUCUGUUCAGUGGCUGGAGAGUCCCCAAUAAAGGUUUCCUGGAGGUUGUGGUGUUUCUGGCA